UCCCAUAGUGCUUAGCGAGUUUAGUCUUCGGAUCAUUGAUAUUCAGGAAAAGAAACAAGAUGAUGGAAAGCGAGCCUUUAAUUGAACUGACUGGAAUCCAAGUACAUGAUUCCGAUCGCAAAACCCUCUCGCAUGAUGACAGUGAAUUCCUCUCUCUCUUAUCGGAGCGUGAUGUCCAGACGACAUUUGGUAGCGUUCAUGUGUCCGUCCAAGGCAAAGAGGGUAAACCCGCUAUUGUGACCUUCCAUGAUAUCGGACAGAAUCACACCUCGGCUUUCUUGGGAUUCUUCAACUUUGUUGAAGUACGACCCUUGCUUGAUCACUUCUGUAUCUACCACAUCGAUGCUCCGGGACAGGAUAGCGCAAAGUCCACUCUACCAGAGAAUUAUGUCUAUCCUACACUGGAGGAGCUCGCAUCGAAGGUAGUUCGUGAGGUAGUUGAGCAAAUGGGCAUCAAGACUUUCAUUGGAUUCGGAAUUGGUGCUGGUUCUAAUGUGCUAUGCAGAUAUGGCCUGUUGUAUCCCGAUCAAGUGGACGCUCUCAUACUUGUGAACCUUACGACUUCAAAAGCUGGUUGGAUUGAGUGGGGUUAUGAAAAGGUCUGUGUACGACAGCUUCAGAGCAAGGGGAUGACAACGUUUGUUGAGGACUAUUUCCUGUGGCAUCAUUUUGGUGAAAAAACCAAAAUUGAAAACAUGGAUCUUGCCCUGGCUUACAAAGAAAGUCUUCGAAAUCUUCUGAACCCAGCAUGUCUUGGACCUUUCCUCAAUUCCUACAUAAACCGAACAAUCAUCGAUAUGUAUAGACCUGAGGGAACAGCUCCAAACCCUAACAGAAAAACCCUUGAUUGUCACACACUGCUUUUAACAGGCUCUUCAGCACCUCACCAGAAUGAGGUUGCAGAGGCAAAUGGUAAAAUGAACCCCGCUCUAACAGAUUAUAUGAAGGUGUCAGACUGUGGGGGCAUGCCACUGGAGGAACAACCACACAAAGUGGCUCAAGCUAUAAUCUUAUUUUUACAGGGAAAUGGUUAUGUUUCAAGACUGAGAACUGGAUCUUCAGCUUCUUAUGGAAAAAUUCGAGCUGGUUCCUCAAAUGCAAGCUCUACGGCAACUAUUCCUACAAGUACUGGAUCAUCAGAAGUCAGCUUGGAAAAGAGGGAGCCUCUAGGACCUCAAGUUUGUUAAAAAGGCAGACAACUUCAAGAAGAGUGACGCAUGCACAAACUGAUGUUGGAGAAAAAGAAUUGUUAUGAAAUCAGCAUGUACUACGCAUACAAAUUCUCACAUCAACUUAAAUUUCUGAAUCAUCUUGAUCACAUUAUCUUUAAUGAACAUAAAGAAGGAAAAUCAAAAACUUUUUCUCAAAUGAUUCAUGAAUUAUUUAGUCUAAACAGAAGUGUUGCAAAGAAGGAAGAGAAAAUUGCUAGCAAUCACUGAUUGCUAAAUGCAAAUAUUGCAGUGAUUCUUAAUUAUUGCAACAUCUCUUUAAUGGUUAUGGUAUUCAUGAGUAACUGAUUUUCAAAGACAUCAUUUUCCUCUCCAAGUGCUAAAAGGACUAAUGAAUUCAACACACUACGAGGCUGACCUAUUUUUCAGGUGUAUUUUGAUACGAUGCAUGUGCUUCAAGAUUUUGCAAUUUGCUUGUACUGGUAUCUACUGUACAGGAAACUCAUACAGGACAGUGCACUUCAAACUAUGUAUAUUUUGAUAUGAUGCAUGUGCUUCAAGAUUUUGCAAUUAUUAGCUUGUACUGGUAUCUACUGUACAGGAAACUCAUACAGGACAGUGCACUUCAAACUAUGUGUAUUUUGAUACGAUGCAUGUGCUUCAAGAUUUUUCAAUUAGCUUGUACUGGUAUCUACCAUACAGGAAACUCAUACAGGACAGUGCACUUCAAACAAUCUUUUUUAAUCAAUCAUUUAAAUUGCUGUAACAAUAUAUUUGAAAUGGAAAUUUGUUCCACUCAAGAAAGCAUAUUCACCAAUUUGAUUAAUUUUAGACCCAAAAUUUUAGGGUACACACACCUUGUAGCUUAGUAUUGUACAAUGCAGGGGAAUGAUCCUUGAAAGGUUAAAUAUUAGGUCAGGGAUAAUUUAUCUUUGAAGUGAGCUAAGGAUAUAUUUUUUGUUUGGGUGAACAUGUGAUUUAAUAAAAUGUUCCUUACACUUUUAA